AUGGCCUCGGCCUCAGGCUCCGGCCUGACCCGCCGCCGAGGCGCAGGCGCUGCCCACACCAACGACGAGAACGACGAGAAGGACACAUCCCGAGUCUCCUCCCCAGCACCACGACCGACGACCUCCUCAGGACCAGAGACUAGCUACGAGUCCGGCGAGAAUGGCCACAAAAUCGCAUUCGACCCUCGAGAUAUGGCCGACUCAGCAGAGCGGUCGAAGCAGCCGAAACUCACACUCAUGGAGGAAGUGCUGCUUAUGGGAUUGAAGGACAAGCAGGGAUAUCUCUCCUUCUGGAACGACAACAUCUCAUACGCGCUACGGGGCUGCAUUGUAAUCGAGCUGGCGUUCAGGGGACGGAUCAGCAUGCAGAAGGACUCGAGUCGGAGGAGGUUCCCGCUUGCGGAUAGGCUGAUUGAGGUUGUGGACGAUACGCUGACCGGGGAGGUGCUACUGGAUGAGGCGUUGAAAAUGAUGAAGAGUUCGGAAAAGAUGAGCGCGAGCAGUUGGAUUGAUCUCAUGAGUGGCGAAACAUGGAACCUCAUGAAGAUCGGCUACCAGCUCAAGCAAGUCCGCGAACGACUAGCCAAAGGACUCGUCGACAAGGGCAUUCUCCGCACCGAGAAGCGCAACUUCCUCCUCUUUGACAUGGCUACUCAUCCUGUCGCAGAUGGUGGCGCGAAAGACGAGAUUAGACGGCGAGUCCGAAACGUCCUCACACAGCGCACAGUCGUGCUUCCUGCUUCGCAAUGGCUGCCCGAGAAUCUCGAGUUCCGCUACCUCAGGACGAUCGCUAUGCUGUGCGCUUCGUAUGCUGCAAAUGUGCUGGAAAACGCAUUGACUACAUUGGGACACGAAGCAAGGGAAAGAGCCUUUGCACAAGUGGACGAGUUGCUUGCAGAGUACUCACAAUGGCCUUUUGGCAAGAGAGCUGGAGGUGGUCAGGCGGCUGUUGGUGCCAACUUGGAUCAGGUCAUCAGGGAUGAGGUCAACGGUGCCAAGGAUAAGGAGUUGCAGCUCGAGGUCGUGGCAGCGUGCCUCAGCGUCUUCACCCGUCUAGACUCCCUACUCUAA